UGGCUCAUAUAUAACUGGUUUCGGUGCGGCCGCCUAAAGAACCCUUCUCGUGGAUUCCGCGAGAGAAGGAAAUUGAAAAAGAGGAAGGGAGAAAACCGGCCGGCGAUCAGAGAUCCCGUCCGUCAGCUAGGAAGAAAUUGGAUGAUAAAGGCGAGAGAGACAGAAAACUUUGGUAAGACGAUAGAGGCGCCAACGAAGCCCUUAUUAUUAGAAACACAUUUCACUUCUUAUUUGCUAUAAAAAGCUCGGCUGUCACUCGGACAUAUUACCGCGUAGAGAUAAGCCUUCCUGCAUAUGAGUGAUUAUGGGGUCGGCUUGCUGUGUACCUGCUAGAGAUAGAACUGUUCCCAAUAGAACUGGAUCUGGAACUGGAACUGAAACUUCAUGUAGGAACAUCACAUGCUCGCCAACAUUGAGUUUUCACUGUGAUCGUCAAAGGUGUCUGGCUGGUGAAAUUGAUGAUUCUCCAUACCAUGUGUCUAAUGGAGCCAGCACAAACACAAGCAGGGAGAUAGAAGGAUUAGAAGGUUCUGAAAGGGAUAAUUUUUCUGAUGGGAGAAACCUUGAGAAUUUCCGAACACCCAUCUCUUGUAAAUCGCUGGUCCAUGGAGAAAGAGGUGCAAAUUAUAUUGCGCUACCAUCAGACAUACCCAUGGCAAGCAAUUAUUCUGAAGAAUUGAAAUCCAUUGCCACUAAUUUUCCUGUGGAGGUGAAGAACUUGGAAGAAUCAUCAAUUAUUGCUCAUACAUCAACACAGAAACUUUCAUUUUCUAUACCUUCGUCCUUCUCUACACCGAUAGUUGAUCCUUUGUCUACCCAUCCUCGUUUACUUCCUCCUAGUUCAACCCCAUCUAGAAGGGCUCGCCGUUCACCUGGCCACAGGCUGUUGAGACAGGUUUCUGAUAGUCAAAUCUUAGGAUUGAAAUCACCUAAUAAUUACCCAAUAUCUGAAGGAAGGUCUUCUUCUGUACUUUCCACAUGCAGCAAUGACUUAACUGCUGGAUCAUGUGGUGGCUCUUCUGAUGGGUGCUCCAGGCACACUUUUUCUGAGCUUGUGGCCUCUUCACAAAGAGAGAGGUGGUCUUUUGACAGUGAACAUCUGGGCUCUGGUCACGGCUAUAUAAGUGGAUCCAGCAGUAGGUUCUCAUGUUCACCCUCCGUAGAUCUGCAAAGUUGUGGGGCAUGUUCAAAGCUCUUGACAGAGAGAUCUUCCUGGUGUAGCCAGAGAAUUUCUGCUUACAAUAAGCUCUCAGUGGUUUCUGUGCUUGUCUGUGGACAUAUUUACCAUGCUGAGUGCUUGGAGGUUAUGACAGCAGACACUGAUAGAUACGACCCAACUUGCCCAAUAUGUAUGGUUGGAGAGAAGCAAGUCUCAAAGAUGUCUAGAAAAGCUUUAAAAGCAGAAGCAGAAUUAAAGGCAAAAUACCAUAAGAUAUCUAGAAACCGAGUUGUGGAUAGUUAUCUUGAUGAUGAUUCAGAGGAUUAUGGUUACCAAAAAGAUGUUAAACAAAAUGGAAAUUUUCUGAAGACAGAAGCCAGUUCUAGUGCAAGGAGCUCCUCUGCAAAGCCUUUCUUUCGAUGGCAUUUUUUGCUUGGGUCAAAGCGGCAUAGAUCACUAACCGAGAAUGAUUCAGUCCAGAAGAAAAGUUUUUGGGCCAGAUAUAGGAAAAAUUGAGUUACCCUCAACUGUUACCAGGUCUUUCUCUUUUCAAGAUUGCCCAGAAGCCUUCCAGUAGACAUUCUGGCUGUGAUGCAUUUGAUAUCUGAAAUCCCGGGUUCCUUAAUAUUACAGAUUCCACUUCUCUUUUUCAAGGUAAACCUAUAACAGGCUUUCUGUAGGAUACUCUUCAUUGACCCACAAGAUUACCUGAGUCCUAAUGAAUGGUUUAGCAUUUAGGGCUUACAGGAAUAAUAUGAAUAUUAUAAUGGGGCUUUUGGUGCUUAAAGACAAAGCAAUGAUGUCAGUUUUUUUCAGCUUUAGAUAAGAUAGAAAAUAUUUUACGCAUAGGAAUUUUUUGAAGACGAUAUGAAAUAUUGCCCACUUUAAUUUGCUUCUAUGUAUGUCAUGAAUACUGAAGCCUUCAGAGAGAAAAAAGGCAAGCAUAUCAAUUUCUUCACAGAUCACAGUUGAAUGCAUUGUUCGCAACCAUGAUUAUCUGGAUAAAGGCAUAUUAUUACGUAACAUGAUCAGCUUUUCUUUGUGUUA